AGGGUCUGCAAUACAGUCAUGAAAAAGCAAAGCAGGAAGUGUUGAAGAAAAUAGGAAGCAAAGGGGAUACUGUGUAUCUGUUGAGCCUGCUUAUCAAGAAAUACAACAAGUAAGUAACAGAGAUACUUUGUUGCAAUUUCCAAUAACAUAAUCUGCUGGAAGUUAUGGGGUUAAAUUGCCUUUUGGAUUAGUGCCUUUAGGGGCGUAGCUUGGCGCAGGCUGAUAACAUUCUUGUAACAAAAUAAAAAUCGCUCCUUUACUUUACAAGCACUGAUUAUUCACAGAAAUCACAGAAUGCGUUUUUUUUAAAAAUUAUUUUGUAUUAUAUGCUAUUCCAGCUCAGCCCCUCAGUUUCAGACAAUCUCUGGAGCUUCCCCUUCUGUGAAUUACAACUAACAUCACUCUUUGCCAGCCCAAAACUCUCCAUGGCUCCCCUGAUCCUUUCUACCUUUUAUAAUAAACGCCAUUAUUUUCAGUUUAUACAUGCAUUGCAUGUGCAGGCAUAGAGCCAUUUCACUUUCUUGUGUCACUUAUGCAAACUUUUCCCAUAAGGCUAAACCCCUUCACGACAAGAGUUUAAGUAAACACAAUUGUAUCGUUACAGUGCGGGCAUGGCACCUGACAUUAUUAUUAUUAUAAUUUUAUUAUUUAUAUAGCGCCAUCAGAUUCCGUAGCGCUGUACAAUGGGACAUGAAAGGGUUAAGAGAAAAGCAUGGCUAAUUCAUUAAACUGAGAACCAUGUAGAAUUGUCAAAUGAAGCAGCCAAAUUUCAUUUUAUGAUAUACUUUCUAAAUCCUGAAUUGUAGCAAAUUAUAAACCCGUAUUGGGGAAAUUGUCCAGCUUCUCUAUAGUCACAAUUUAAGCCCUAAUUUUCAAUCCAUAUUUCAAUUUGCUACCUUUUGAAAUGUUUAGUGGAUAAUAUCUUAUUUUUACUACUAUUUUACUGUUUAGCUGCUCUGGACAGACAAAAUGACUAUGAGAAGCAUAUUUAUUCCUUUUUUUCCCCUAACUCAAGUAUAAUUAUCUAGUUAUCAUUUCCCCUUUCUCAUGAAUGCGUUGAGAUUUCCAGUUAUUGACAAAUUGGUAUUUUUUAUUUAUUUUUAUAAAAUUGCACUUUGUAUCUCAGUUCCUGCUUACUUUGAGUUUGAAAAGAAAUAUUAAAGGAAAAUUGUUGUUUCUGGUCCGAAUGCUAUGUGAAAGAUGACAACUUUGGCUCUUUUUUUUUUUCAAUUGGGCAUAGUGUAGAUAUAUUGAUAAUAGAUUUAUCGCACAGAGUGGCAAUAUUUUAUCUUUGACACUGAUCCACAGCCUUACUUACCUGAUCCUGAUUCCCACAGCAUCUACUGUUACAGGGAUUUCUGGUUCCACAGUACCGUACAGACACGCCAGCACGUGGUCUUAGGUACCAACCAAGGUCCCCUGCUGCAACUAUCGUUCUUCUCAGCCCAGGUGGUAUGCUUGUCUGACUGAGACACGUUGUAUAGCAGGAUAUGUUAGAAAGCAGAGUGACAGCCAUCCUGGAUUCCAAGCUGGUAUUGGCUGCCUGGUGGCGGCUCACUGCAGCCUCUUGUCUGAGUUAAUGCUGGGAGUUGGAAGCAGUGUGGGAAGGCUGAUAGGGAGUGUGACUUUAAUGGCACGCUAUUUCAAAUAUAUAUAGUUACAUAGUUACAUAGCUGAAAAGAGACUUGUAUCCAUCAAGUUCAGCCUUCCUCACAUAUGUUGUUGCUGUUGAUCCAAAAGAAGGCAAAAAACCCAGUUUGAAGCACUUCCAAUUUUGCCACAAACUAGGAAAAAAUUCCUUCUUGACCCCAAAAUAGCAGUCAGAUGUCUCUUUGGAUCAAGCAGCUAUUACCCCACUAAUCAGAAAUUAUAUCCCUGUAUGUUGUGUUUUUGUAAGUAUUUAUCCAAUUGCAGUUUAAACCUCUGUAGUGACUCUGACAAAACCACCUCUCCAGGCAGAGAAUUCCAUAUCCUUAUUGCUCUUACUUUAAAAAAACCUUUUCUUUGCCUUAGAUUAAAUCUCCUUUCUUCCAGUCUAAAUGUGUGACCUUGUGUCCUAUUUAUAGCCCUGCUUAUGAAUAGAUUUCCAGAUAAAGGUUUGUACUGGCCCCCGAAUAUAUUUGUAUAAAGUUAUCAUAUCCCCUCUCAGGCGCCGUUUUUACAAACUAAACAGAUUUAAUUUUUUUUAACCUUUCUUCAUAACUAAAAUGCUCCAUUCCUUUUAUCAAUUUUGUAGCUCGUCUCUGGACUUAUUCUAGUGCCAUGAUAUCUUUCUUUAGAACAGGCACCCAAAAUUGCACAGCAUAUUCAAGGUGUGGUCUUACCAGCGAUUUAUAAAGAGGCAAAAUUAUUUUUUCAUCCCGAGAAUUUAUGCCCCUAUUUAUACAUGACAAAGCCUUAAUGGCCUUAGCAUCUGCAGAUUGACAUUGCAUAUUGCUGCCUAAUUUGUUAUCUAUAACAAUUCCCAAAUCCUUCUCGUGUGUGGUUAUCCCUAAUUCACUACCAUUUAGUGUGUAAGUUGCUUGUGCAUUCUUAACCUCGAAGUGCAUAACUUUGCAUUUCUCUACGUUAAAUUUAAUCUGCCAUUUUAGUGCCCAGUCCCCCAAUCUAUCCAAAUCCCUCUGCAGCAAAGCAAUAGCCUGCUCACAUUUUAUUACUUAACAAAGUUUUGUGUCAUCUACAAACACUGAUACAUGGCUUUCAAUGCCUAUUUCAAGAUCAUUUAUAAAUAUGUUAAAUAGAAGUGGUCCCAAAUCAGAACCCUGAGGGAUACCACUUCCCACUUUUGUCCAGCCUGAAAAUUGACCAUUAAUUACAACUCGUUGUACUCUAUCCUUAAGCCAAAGUUCUACCCAAGAAUGAGAAUAUUCAUCUAGACCAAUUUCUUUUAGUUUGAAGACUAACCUAUUGUGAGGAACCGUAUCAAAUGCCUUGGCAAAAUCCAAGUAGAUCACAUCCACUGCAACACCCUGGUCUAUACUUCUACUUACUUCUUCGUAGAAUUCAAUUAGGUUAGUUUGACAUGACCUAUGUUUCAUAAAACCAUGCUGAUUAUUGCUAAUAACAAAGUUCUUCCCAAUGAAUUCCUGAAUAUUAUCCCUUAAUAGCCGUUCAAAUAUUUUCCCAGUUACAGAAGUUAAGCUCACAGGUCUAUAAUUUCCAGGCAAGGAGUUUGAACCUUUUUAAAUAUAGGAACAACAUCUGCCUUCCUCCAAUCCUCUGGUACAACACCUGAAACAAAAGAAUCUUGAAAAAUUAAAUACAGAGGUUCACUUAUUUCCCCACUUAGCUCCUUAAGUAGUCGUGGGUGAAUACCGUCAGGCCCCGGAGCUUUAUUUACAUUAAUUUUCUUUAAUAGCUGUAGCACCUUGUCUCGAAUUAUCCAAUCACAAGUUAUUUGCAAGUUUUUUGCAGCAAUCAUUUGCAUAUCUCUUGCCAUAGGAUCCUCAUUAAUAUAUACUGAAGAAAAAAUUGUUAUUUGCUCAGCUUAUCCCAGCGCUGACAUCCUUCGACGAGAGGGCGCUAAUGCGAUUGAAGCUAAGAUAUGCAGCUAUCACAAGCCAAAAUUUCAUAUACCCCAAGGAAAAUAUGCAAAACAAAGUAUUAUCCUUUAAAGGUGACAAAUGUCUCGUUAGAAUCUAACAGUCUCAACUGUCUAAUGAAUGAUUUUAAAAAUGAAGGCAAGGUGAAAAAGCAAAAUAUAAUACGUUUUUAGAAGUCUGUGGAGCUGAACAUCACCGCCCCAAGACAGAAUGUACUUUUCCACUUUUAUUGCCAUACCAUUUUGGUAUAGAUUGUGGCACCCAACACUUAGGACUUUCAGCAGCCAGUUAGAUAAUGCAGAUAUAACCAUCAAAAUCCACCCAAAAUUACAUAGUAAUCCAAAGCUGAAAUGAAUUGAGAGAAAGUGGAGGCACAGCAGCUAAAACCUCAUUGUACCAUAAGUACCGCAAUUAGCUGUCAUGGUCAUUUUGCUUAAAGUGUCCCUUUAACAAUAACACAAAUAACUAUCAAGGAUUACUAACAUAAUAUGAUUGACAUUCUGCUCUGGAAUGUAGAAGUAACUAUGCCAGGACUUUCUAAGAUUGCUCGCAUUAUAAACAACAUUUUAAGAAACAACAAACAGGGGGAUUCCCAUUUAGAAUUUCCUCAAAACUAAAUACCAUUACAGCCUGCAUUACCUGAUUUCUAUAAAAUGUUGUUAUAAAAAUAAGCCUGGUUUCACCUUGUUUGAAUAGCAAAGGCUGCUCUCUUCAGUUACAUUAUACACGCCUGUAGGCCCAGAAUUCUCCCACCUCUUCCAAACUGAUAGAAAAAGCACAAAGUGUGUGGGUGUGUAGUGUGUAAAUGUCUGUGUGUAUGUAUUUCUAAGUAUGUGUGUCAGUUUGUAUUUGUGUAUAGUGUGUAUGUACAGUGAGUGUAGCCGUAUACGUGUUUGGGUAACUGUGUUUUUAUUAGUGUGUAAACGUGUAGUAGUAGUAUCUCCCAAAUGCUGGGCAUAACCGUCAAAGACAUUAAAGGGACAUGAUAGGCACCAAAACAACUUUAGUGUAAUGCAUAGAUUACAUAUAGAGAUAUACCUUUCAUACAGAUUAUGCCUUUUGUAUAGAUUAUGCAUCUUAAUGUAUAGCUUAUGCCUUUUGCUGUCUCAUUGCCUAUAGUAUCCCAUUAAUAAUCAGCCCCCCAUCACCCCCCCAAAAAAAACCAACAAGUAAAAUGAGAAGGUAGGGAAUGGGAUCAUCACUUAGAUAAAUCUUUGAUUUACUAAAAUAGACUGUGUCUGUCAUAGGGAUCAAUCCCAAUAAGGUUUUCUUAGUUAUUUGCGCAAUUCUUGUCCUUAUACACUGUUUAGAUACAUAAGUACAAGACAUAAUUAAUAGACUAAGCAGUCAAUGUAUAGGUAAUAGGGUUAUAUUACCCAAGUAGUGAUCCCAUUCCCUUCAUCCUCAUUUUCCUUUUUGUUUAAAUUUGUGUGUGUGUAACAGUGUGUGCAGCAGUAUGGGUAACAGUGUGUGUAUGUAACAGUGUGUGCAGCAGUAAGGGUAGCAGUGUGUUUGUGUAACAACAGUAUGGGUAACAGUAUGUGUAUGCGUGUGUGUGUGUGUGUGUGUGUGCAGCAGUAAGGGUGGCAGGGUGUUUGUGUAACAGUAUGGGUAACAGUAUGUGUGAGUAACAGUAUGUGCAGCAGUAAGGGUAACAGUGUGUGUGUGUAACAGUGUGUGCAGCAGUAUGGGUAACAGUGUGUUUGUGUAACACUAUGGGUAACAGCGUGUGUCUGUAACAGUGUGUGCAGCAGUAUGGGUAACAGUGUGUUUGUGUAACAGUAUGGGUAACAGCGUGUGUCUGUAACAGUGUGUGCAGCAGUAUGGGUAACAGUGUGUUUGUGUAACAGUAUGGGUAACAGUAUGUGUGAGUAACAGUAUGUGCAGCAGUAAGGGUAACAGUGUGUGUGUGUGUGUGUGUGUGUGUAACAGUGUGUGCAGCAGUAUGGGUAACAGUGUGUUUGUGUAAUAGUAUGGGUAACAGCGUGUGUCUGUAACAGUGUGUGCAGCAGUAUGGGUAACAGUGUGUGUGUGACCUUUGAUUUGAGUUGUCCGGUCCUCUCCUCUCUCCCUCCUGCACAUCACUGUGUUUAGUCUGAGGGGGCAGGUCAUACACAGAUUGCUGUGUUCAGUCUGAGGGGGCGGGGCCCUACACAGAUCACUGUGUUUAGUGUGAAGGGGCGGUGCUCUACACAGAUCACUGUGUUUGGUGUGAAGGGGCGGUGCUCUACACAGUUGACUGUGUUCAGUCUGAGGGGGCGGAGCCAAGCACAGAUUACGGUGUUCAUUCUGAGGGGACGGGGCCAUGCACAGAUCACUUUGUUCAGUCGGAGUGGGCGGGGCCAUGCACAAAUCAGGCUUCACAGACUAAAUACAGUGAUCCCAGAGUCCUGCAGCCAGUAGAUUCAGGACAGGCCCCCUACAGGACAGGUGCCUACUCUGCCUAAUGAGAAAUCCAUCCGUACUCUUAACCCUAUCCUGCCUAGCAAAAUCCUUCUUUAACACAUUUUUGGCUAUUGAUCCUUAUAAAUACAUUGUGGGAAACAAUAAAACUAUAUUUGCAAAAGUCAUCACAUAAUACUGUUUUUGUUUUUUUAAAGAUUCUUUAUUUAUGGGUUUUUCAAUAAGACAUUCGUACAGAAAGGAAGAAUGUUGGGUUGAAACAAAGUUGUAACAUCAAAGAGUAACAUUCAAUUGAACGUAGGUUAACUUGGUACGUGAGGUAUACAUUGGACCAUAUUGGUGUUGUUAAAGGUGCUUGGUCUGGUCUAUAUAAUCCUUUUUUUUGUUCUUUUAAAUGUAAUAUUUAAAGCUAAAUUUUGCAAUUCAGCUGUCAAUGUACUACUAUGGACAUUUCAGUGAAUACACUCCCAAGGUUAAUCAUGCAAUGCAGUAAUGAUGGAUUGCUUGGGUUCAGUGAAACAAAUGGAGCCGUGCAAUUGCCACAGUGAAUUCGAAAGUAGUGUUUCCGAUUGCACAGAGCGACACAAUACAUUGGUGCUGUAUAUAUGAAACUAAUUAUGUCCCCUGUGAUUACAAAUGUUCGAGGUUAUUCUCUAAACAGGCAAGGCUAAGCAACAAGAAUGAGAAAGAAGACUGGGCAAGAAGGACCCUUACACUCAUUCUCUCUAAGGUUGGGUUCAUUCAACCCAACUUUCCUGGACAGUCAUGAUGUGUGGAUGUCUCCUACUGACAUCCACACUUUUCUCAUGUGUCUUACUUCUGAGACAGCAGGGAAAAUGCAGACAAGGCAUAGUAUGUGUGUCUCAUCAGAUGCAUACAAGAAGAUGUCCCAAUUUUAAUGCUAAGUGAUGACUCAGACUUCUAUCUUGCUGCUUGGACCCCAGCUUGGGAACACCAACAAAGACAGCCUCAACUGCAAUUAUCGAAAUGUAAAUACUUUUAUUUCUUCAUUAUCAAAAAAGACACAGAUUGUAGACCACAGGGUGAACAUCAAGGUGAGGAAAUAUGAGACCACCUUCUAGUGCCAUUCAUGCUUGAUAGCACUUUGGUGAGACAAAGAGGACAGGGACACAUACGAGAGAUGAGGCUUGCCUGACAGGGUGUUGUGAUUGGUUGGCUUACAAAUCAACCAAUCAAAAGGCUUUGAAUUCAUGUUUUAAAGUGUGAGAAUGAAGAUCUGCCCUGCAUUGAAAUGUCACGUGGCAUAGAGCCCUCAAAGGGCAAAAAUGAAUCUACUUUUGCUGCAACUCUGUUAUUCUUUUUUUUUUGUUAUUUGGGUCUUUUUUUAUUUUUAAUAGUUACAUCAGGUUAUAAUGGAUUUUUUUGUCUUUAUUGGGGCCCCAUUAUGAUACGGGGUUAGUGAAUAACACAGAGAAUGCUGUGUGCAAAGGUCACCUUUCCCUUGAAUUUGUUGCCUUGGAGCUAGAAACAUUAUAUAAAACAUAACUCAACGCGGUUUGUCCCAGCUUACUUUGAAUUCCUAGAUGUAUUUUCUCAUUAUCAUAUACAUCUACCUUAAAUAGCUGCUCAGCACAUGAAAAUUGAUAAGUAAUAGCUAUUUAAAAUGUAGUUUUACUGAUAAAAAAUACAUGUAAGUACAUGCAAUGUGCCUUAUACAUAGGUAUUUGUCUGUUUUCUGGUGUUUCUUUUUUCAUUGUUUCAUUCAGUUGUCACUUUUUUUCUUCUGCAAACACUAAAACAUAUUAGCAAUGAAACAGGUAAUGUUUGAACAGGUAUCUACUGCCAGAGGGGAUUACCGGUACUUGGUAUAUGGUGACAUGUUGGUGCAUACAGACCUGUUAGAGUUAACUAACCAUUUGAUAGUAAAAUGCUGUAUCAUCCAUACCCUUUGGAACACUUUGGAACAUGAUUAAGUCUUAUUAUCAAGAUGGUGACCAUGAUGUCCUAUCAGAAGAUAUUCCAUUUCAGCUUCUAGCUGCUCCUUUCAGAAAAGUCUACACAUCAAUGAAGGUCAGUUGCAGAAGCCAUAAAGGGAAAAUCUGCCACAUUAUCUCAUUUUAUAUCUAAAGGCUAAAUCUGAGGUUGUAUUAGGCAAUGUCUCAGCUUUACAGAUGAUGGAGAUGCUCCACUGGAAGCCUUGUCCUUGUCUUGUUUCUACAUUUUGUGUCAUUUCCCUUUCAAUAUGACAUUCCGAUGGCAUUCAAAGUUUCUUCUUUCAUUUUUCAAGGCGUGUGGUUCAAGGCUCAUGCAUUCUCUUUUGUCUCCAAACACUGAUACAUUUAUAGGUGAUCCUGCCAAUAGUUUUGUUCCCAAAUUACUGUAUGUUGCCAUUAUUUCCUGUAAGUAGAUGUAUUACUUCUUUAAACUUUGUAUUCUACAUACAGAUUUCCCCUGUAUUCACCCAAGAUGCAUAAAAGAACGAACGUGGUUUGGACAACGAUUCACUCCUGAUUCUGAUGUCCUCCGGCAGUAAAGAAAGAAUGAACAUUAAAAUAACACUAGACACUAAAAACUAAAAUAAUUGCUAUGGAGGACCAAAAAAGCAUAAUUAAAACGUUAUUACUUAUAAAGCCAACUUGUGAAAACGCAUAUAUAUCUAGAAUCCAUAUAAAUUAUAUAUAUAUAUAUAUAUAUAUAUAUAUAUAUUACACAUUAUAUUAUGAUAAUAUAAUGAUAAUAAUUAUAUAAUAUAUAUAAUUAUGAUAAUAUAAUGAUAUGAUAUUUACCCAGGACAUACUUGAAAACGAGAGAAAUCUCAAUGUAUCUUUCCUGGUAAAAUAUUUUAUAAAUAAAAUAAAUAUUCCUGUUCUUAAAAAGGGUAAAUGUGGAGAUAAGACAAAUCUCCAAAUAUAGAAAACAAAAUACAGUACACUGGCUGGAAACUAAAAUGAAAAUGGAAAUUAUAUUAAUAGUUUAGAUCACAAGGUCAAAAAAAUGCUUGACUCUAUACUACUGAAAACUAGUCCCUAGAUGGUACAAUACCAACUAACUGCACUAAGGCUAGGCAACAGCAUGAAAUCAAAGGACGAAUGAGAACAUACUGUUCAAUUAGAAGAAACUCGUAUUACAAGUUGUUCUGGUUCCAAAACAAAGCUAUAUUUUGGAAGAUAUGGGAAAUACAAAAGAGAGUUGAAACUGAGAUAAAAAGUAGUAGAAUAACAGAAGAAACAGGCUAGCAGAUGCUAAAUAAAGAAAUAACCAGCCUCAGGGUUCCUCUAGACUGGGAAUGAUAGUGGGAAGCACUUCAUGUUCCAGAUUAUUACAAGGAAUUAUAACCUCUAAUAAGUAGCCUAACAAUCAAUGAAAAGCUUUGUGCGCAUUUCGCUUCACUAGGUCCCUGAUGAGCCAAGGGAAGCAAAAUGCAUGACGAGCCAGAUACUGUUCAGCAGACUGACCUAAUCAGUUUACAGAGCAGUUCCAUUCAUCCUAUGUGAUAAGUGGGACUUCUUCUAGAGGAUUAAUUACGUAUGCAUAAACCAUUAAUUAAUGAAUCUUUCUCUAUGGAGGGGGCCUAUUGCAGCAGGUAAAAUAAUAAUGUAUGGGGAUAGGAGAGACAGAUGGGGGGAGGGAAGGAGGGAGUGGGAGUGUGUGUGUGUGUUCCUCAUUCUUGAGUACUUUACCACAGACCUGGGAGUCUGAGAGUUUUACACAGCUUCUUAGUUUUCCUAGAACUGGAAAGCUAUCUCAGAUGUCCCAUCUGGAAUCUGCUGAAACCAGUCAACCAACUUGCGGGUCACAGCCAUGGAAUCUCCUUAUUUUCUGAAUUCUCUAUCAGUUAUUGUUUCAGGUGUUCUCUCAGCAGUUAAUCAUUGGGAGCCAUCUUCAUGAUGUACUUGUGGAUGCUCUGUGUUUCAUCCAGGAUUGUGGUCUUGACACUCAUCAGGCUCUGACCUCCUUCUUUCCUGCUGGUGUACAGUGUACAGUCUUUGGGUUCUGGAUUUCGGGUGGAAUCCUUCAUUCAUAGUGAGUAGAUUCUAGGUCUUCACAUCCAUGGUGACCAACGUUUGUCUUGGCCACAUUAUUAUUCCAGUUGGGUACCUGAUGACUGGUAAGGCAUAUGUGUUGAUGGUUUGGAUUUUGUUUUUUCCAUUGAGCUGGGCCUUCAAAACUUGUCUCACUCUCAGGAGGUAGUUGGAUGUUUCUAUCCUCCUAGUCUCUUCCUCAUUGUUACCAUGUGUUUGAGGUACCCUCACAUAUAUAUAGCUGUUCUCUACAUCUAUUAUUUGACCUGGGGGAGUUGUACUUCUUUGCUGAUCUCCUUCUCUCUUUUUACUACCAUCCGCCCACACUUAUCUAGUCUGAACAAUUAUAUUUUUACUGUAUAUUCUAGUUAGUUGGAUCAGUGUGUCAAUGUCCCUCUCACACUUGGCAUACAGCUUUAUGUCAUCUCUACUCUUGUAUCCGUAUCAACUCUUUAUGAUGAUCUGGCUAAGGAUAUUGAGGUCUAUGCAGAACAGCGCAUCACCUUGGUAUAUGCCACAUUUGUACACUUGUGUUAUGUUCUGGAAUUUUCUUCUAGAGUUGUUUUCCACUUGUCCAUUGAGUUCUUGAUGAAGGCUCUUAGUGUCUUGUUGACCUUGUAUGUAGUCAAGCAUUCAAGUAUCCGUGUGUCUGGCAUUGUGUCAUAGGCUUUCUUGUAGUCAAUCCAGGCUGUACAGUCUGUCUGGUCUUAGAAUCCUGUGUGACUGGUCUACCAGCAAUUGAUGUUUUGGUCCUCUGGUGUUGUUUAAAAUCCCCUUUUGACUAUUGCUCAUGUACUGACUCAUAUGGCCAUCGAACUUGAAGACUAUGAUGGCUGACAGGACCUUCCAUGUUGUGGGGAGGCAGGUGAUUGGUCAGUAGUUAGAUUGUGUUGCUCCCUUGUGAGGGUUCUUCAUGACCAGUAUUGUUCUGCCUUGUGCUAGCCAGUCAGGGUGGGAGCCUGUUGCUAGUAGCUGGUUCAUAUGUGCUGUUAGAGAUUCAUGUAGCAUUAUUAGUUUCUUUAUCCAGUAGGUGUGGAUUUUCUCAGGUCGUGGGGCUGACCAGCUUUUCAUGUGGGCUACUCAUUGUUGGAUGUCACCCGCGGUAAUGGUAGGUGGUUCCUGUUCUGGGAGUAGGCAGUGGUCUGCUUUCCGGUUUAGUAGCCACUGGGCCUUGGUGUUAUGUGAUGCUUCAUUCUCCUAGGUGUUCUUCCAGUAAUUUUAAGUCUCUGCUCUGUGUGGGUCUUGGGUGGAUAUUUUGUGAUUAUCCUGGGGCUGUGCAUACACCUUGGAUGGUUCUUUGUUAAAACAGGGCAUUUAUUCUCUUAGUCUAUGAUUCUUUGUUUUCUUCUCUGUUCAGUCUGGUUGCCAGUGCUGUCAUUCCUUGCUUAGAUGUUUCCAGUGCCUUGGGUAUGGGGAUACCCUUGUAUUUCCUCAGUAGGUAAGAUCUAUCCUUGAUCUUUCCACCUCUGUGAAGCUAAUCCAGCUUACUAACUUCCUUAUGCAUUACCUUUGUCUUGGCUUCCAGUCUUAGUCUCCAUGGUGGGCAUUGUUUUCAGUGGCGGAACUACCAUGGGCGCAGGGGGUCGCAGCCGUGACCGGGCCCAUCACUUCAGACAGCCAGGCCCCCUACUGACCUUGUGAGUCGCCGAAGAUGGGGGCGCUGAGAGGAGCUGAAUUGGCUCUUACCAAGUGAAGAAGAGUAGGCACCUGCAUACAUGGAUGGCAGGUGCCUAUUCUGCUGAUAUAUACCAGAAGGGGCUGGGAGGACAGGAUGCAGACGAGGGAGGCUGAUCUGGCAGUUCCUCUCUCCUCCCUUGUGCGCCCUCUGUGAUGCCGGGAGAUGUAAUAUUAUAUCAUUCCAGCCCGGCAUAGUAAACCACGCACUGGAGGAGAGAGUAACUGCCAGAUUACAGCACAGCCCCUCAUUGGACCCCAGGGAGAGGACCCACACCAGCUCUCCGAAAGGUAGGGAGGCUGGGUGGGCCUCAAAAAAUUUAAUUGUGAGUGUGCAAGAGUGUGUCUGUCUGACCGUGUGAGUGUGUGUGUCUGUCUGUGUGUCUGUCUGUCAGAGUGCGUCUGUCUCUUUGUUUGAGUGUGUGUCGGUCAGUGUGUGUGUCUGUCUGUCUGUCGGUAAGUGUGUUUUUCUGUCAGCGUGAGUGUGUCUGUUUGCCAGUGUGAGUGUGUGUCUGUCUGUCAGUGUGAGUGUGUCUGUCAGUGCUGGUGUGUGGUGUAUGUGUGUCUGUCACAAAUGUAUGGGGAUGAGAGAGACACAUGGGGGGCUGGAUGGUAGGUUAAGAAACAUUGAGGACUUGGGGGGAGAAUGAGGUGUGUGGAGGGGCUGGCACAGGGAGAUGAGAUGUGUGGAGGGGUUGGCGGGUGGAGUGGGGGGAGAAUAAGACACAUGGAGUGGCUGGCAGGGGGAUAAGACACAUGGGGGGGGGGCCCAAUGCAGUUUUCAAACCAGGGCCGAUGGUUGUUUCUCGUUCAGCCUGAUCUUAGUAGUCAAGCAGUUGGAGAACCACUAAUGCUGUGGCAUGAUCUUGUUGGUCUCUGUGAUGGUGUUGGUUGGGAUUGUGGAGACUGCCUCAUAAACCUCUGCUGGCAUACUGUCUAGUAGCAGUUUUCAAGUGAUAUUUAGUAAUAAAUAUACAUACACUUACCUUUAAUGUUCCCUGCAGGUACAUGAUUUAAAGGGUCUACCUGCAGCAACAGAGUCCACCCUCACCAGGGAUAGAGGCAGAGAUUAGUAGCAUCUCAUUAUGGUUUGUGGGGUUAAUUCUUAUCCAACGGUGGGAUUUAAAAAGUAAAACGAAAUUGAUCCUCCUGAAGUACUUCCACUCUUUUAAAUAAAAAACAGUAUCGGCGCUUAGCAGAUAUUCCCUUAUUGACCGAAAAUAGGGAAAAAAGCAACAAACAAUAUUUGGAUCAAUGAAUUAUACAAAACCACAGAAAUGAGGUGUGAUUGGCACUAGAUGAAGAAAGUUCACAAGUUCCCAGUGCCACUGAGUGUAAAAAAACAGUGGGAAGUGCAAUAAUAUGAAAGGCAAUAAAAUACUUAAAUUUCCAAUAAAUUGUAGAGAUUACAAAGCUAUACAUGAGACAAAAGCAAGAUACUUGCAUAGUGAAAUAUGAUUUUACAGUAUAUUCAUAGCAAGAUCUGCUUAGUCCUACUCACAUUUACCAGAGCCACUUAUAGCAGGCUCCGGCUUUGUAGGUAUGUAAAUAGGGUGUAUCCAAUUCAUACAACCACUACACGUAAGAUAAAACGCAACGCGUUUCGAUGAUAGACAUCUUUUUCAACUGGAUGACAAUAACAGAGCACACAAUCUCAUAUUUAUAUACACAUAGCAGGAAGUUAAACUUCGCGCCAAUCUCCGACGUCUGACCGGCAUGCCGCGAUCCCGGAACUCCAAUGGGCACUGUUCCAAGCUGUAUUUCCGGUACAAAGUUCUUACGUUCCACCUAGUGUUUCCGGUUGGGCAUGCUUCCAGUCUCUUCCAUUAAAUAUUGGAUGAAUGUUCAUGAUGAGAUUGUCAUAUUAAACAAUCGAAAGUCCCAUUUGUGUGAAACUUGUUCAUAGAACACAUAUUAAAUAAAAUGACAGAUAAACCAGUGUUAAUAAUGUAUUUCAUUCUUAUAAUUAACAUUAAUACAACAACAUACUCGAUCUUAUCAGAGACAUAGAAAGGAAGGUAAUCUUUUUAAGAUGAGAAUAAAAAAAUAUAUCUAGUAUACACCCUGUUCCAAAUUAUUAUGAAAAUUCUAUUUAAGUGUCACAAAGAUUAAAUAUUUUGUUUUUCAGUUUAAUUAUGGAUGGCAUCGUGUCUCAGGACUCUUUUGAUCACUGAAAACAAUCUUGGACACCUGUGAUAAUUACAUUGCCAGGUGAGCCCAAUUUAAGGAAAAACUACUAAAGGAGGGUGUUCCACAUUAUUAAGCAGAGCACCAUUUUCAUGCAAUAUGGGGAAGAAAAAGGAUCUCUCUGCUGCCGAAAAGAGUGAAAUAGUUCAAUGCCUUGGACGAGGUAUGUAAACAUUAAAUAUUUCACGAAAACUUAAGCGUGAUCAUCGCACUAUUAAGAGAUUUGUGGCUGAUUCAGAGCAGAUAAAGGCACAUUGAGGAAGAUUUCUGCCAGAUCCAUGCAUUGGAUCAAGAGAGCAGCUGCUAAAAUACCAUUACAUAGCAGCAAACUUCUGGAGUCCCACGGACAUCAAGGUGUAGAGUCUUCCAGAGUUCUCAUAAGCAGAAACGGCUGCAUUGGGCAGAAAAAUACAUGAAGACUAAUUUUCAAACAGUCCUGUUCAUUGAUGAGUGCCGUGCAACCCUGAAUGGUCCAGAUGGAUGGAGUAGUGGAUGGUUGGUGGACGGACACCCUGUUCCAACAAGGCUGCGACGUCAGCAAGGCGGUGGUGGAGUCAUGUUUUGGGCCGGAAUCAUGAGAAGAGAGCUGGUCGGCCCCUUCAGUUUCCCUGAAGGUGUAAAGAUGACUUCUGCAAAGUAUGUGGAGUUUCUGACUGACCACUUUUUCCCUGGUACAGAAGGAAGAACUAUGCUUUCCGUAAUAAAAUCAUCUUCAUGCAUGACAAAGAAUAAAAUCAUAAUAAUCAUCUCAUGCUGCAAAGAAUACCUCUGCAUCAAUGGCUGCUAUGGGGAUAAAAGGAGAGAAAGUCAUGGCAUGGCCUCCAUCCUCCCCUGACCUCAAUCCUAUUGAGAACCUUUGGAGCAUCCUCAAGCAAAAGAUCUAUGAGGGUGGGAGGCAGUUUACACCCAAACAGCAGCUCUGGGAGGCUAUUCUGACAUCUUGCAAACAAAUUCAAGCAGAAACUGUUCAAAAACUCACAAGUUCAAUGGAUGCAAGACUUGUGAAGCUGCUAUCCAAUAAGGGGUCCUAUGUUAAAAUGUAACGUGACCUGUUAAAAUGUUUAGAAAGUUAAAAUGUUGUUAUAAGUUUGAUUGAAAUAGCUUUUGAUUUCAGUAAAUAUGCUGCAAACACAACAAAUGACAAUUUUCAGUUCUUUACAACCUAUAAAGUGUUUUGAAACUUACUGUGCGUAAUAAUUUGGAACAGUGCAUUGUAAGUUUUUUAUUUAAAAAAAAUACUGUUAUCAUUAGGAGGUUUGUUCAAUAAAAUUUGAAUUGUACUCUUAAUAGUUGAUAACAUGAGAAUUAUGCUGACUGUUAUUUACAUCAAUUAUUUAGGUAAAUGAGAAAAAUAUAAUUUGCAUAAUAAUUUGGAACAGGGUGUAUAUAUAUAUAUAAAAAAUAAUAAAAAAUAUAUAUUAAAAAAUAUAUGAUAAAAAAAUCUUAAUUAUGCCGUCAAAAAGAGGAUUCAUUAUAUUGAAUAAAAAUCACUAAUUGUAAAUUGGUUAAUUAAAUUAGUGCUAUAGAUUCCCAAUCAAUAUUGAGCCCAUUUGGGGCCAUAGUGUCCAGAUCAAAGAUCCAUUUCAUUUCAUUUUUAUUAAGGCCUAAAGGGACACUAUUGCCCUUCCAAUGGCCCAAAACAUGUUGGACACCAAAAAAACUAAAGAGAAUCUGGAUUUUUGUCAUUGUGUUCUAAAAAAUGCUGGGACACGCUAUGAUUAGCGUGUCCCCUUUUGAUAUUGUUUAUAUGUUCUUGUAUCUUUAUCUUAAGGGGCCUUGAUGUUUUCCCCACGCAUGGGCAUACGAGAACAUAUAUCACAUUAUAGGUGUAACGGAUCACCUGGCACCCCGACUGGGUACCUCCGUUAAAGGAUGCUCCUAGCACUUCCUGAGGACUCCAAGCACUGCAGCAGACACCACAACCACCGAACCGGAGAAGCAUACGAAUCCUCUCAAGCAUAUGAAUGCUGUAGACAGUUGAAUAGGAACCAUACGAAUAGGUUUACUCUCCUAGCAGUCAAACUGGAACAGCAUACAAUAAAUCCUUCCCCCAAUAAUGAGACGAUACUUCACUUUGAGGGUUAAAACAGGAACUCUCUGUAAUGGCAACACACUGGCUUUUAUGCAAGUCCCCAUGCAAGGGGACAUCCCACAGGGUGGGACACAGUACAACCAAUCGUUACAGGGGAACCAUAAAACACACCCACAAUUACAUCACAAUCCCUCCUCUCUGUCCAGGAGAUAAUUGUGAAGUAAUCAAAUUAUCUCCAAGGACAGAGGCAAAACUCCAUUAACCACAUGGCAGACAAAGGACAAUAAAAGACAUAAAAUUACAUACAGUUACCUUUAUUCCAUAAAACAUAGACAUUCUACCUAUCCCCAGAUAGCUUAGAUCUGAGAGCACAUUACUACCGAAUGGCGCUCAGAUCACAUAAAUACAGUUCAAUCGCCAUGGAGCCAAAGUCUUUCAUACAGUCUUUCAGUAUACGGCUGGGCUCCAUGGCAUAGCUAUCUGGCGUAGCAUGGCUUUAACAGUCCGCAGAAUGGCACGAAUAAACCUUUCUGCUGGUAAAAUAAAAGUUUAAAAUGCAGGACCAUAGUCUAAAGGGAGCAGUCGAGCAACCAGGCUUCUCCAGUGUACAGUGGCGAGGUUGGUUUCGCCACAAUAGGUAUUACAGGUAAUAAAAGAUUUAAUAAAAAAAAAAAAUAUUAAAAAAUUAUUAUUAAAAGAGUAAAAAUUAUCAACCUUUCUUUCUGUUUUUUUUCUACCCUUUUCUACCUCCUACCUUCUACCUACACCCCAUACAGUCACCACAAUAGAAAAAGCCUUUUUGUGUAUUCUUAAUCUUAGAUAAAAAGCCACUUGUUCUUUUUCUAUAAAACUUGUAGUCAAAUUUGUUUGAGAUUUUGGGACUCCUACAUACAACUUUUGGUUUUGUCCCUACAUAUGUAUUUAAGGAACUAUCCUGCUGCAAAAUAUACCAAUUUUUUCCCCAGAAUUUUUCUUAAGUGGCCUGCAUUAGUAUUGAUUAUUGGAACUUCCUCACUCGCUGUUAAUUCUAGUUUAGACUUCUACUUAAGGAGAGCAGGUCUCUCAUAGUUUUUAAUUUUCAAAAUGUCAUUUUUAAGGCGUUUUUGUUAUACCCCUUAUUAGAGAAUUGGUUACUCAAAAGCUCGGCUUGUGCUGCAAAAUCUCUAGACUUUUAAUUCUAAAGUCUUUAGAAUUGUCCCUCAGGGGUAUUAUCCAGCCAAGGUCUAAAGUGACAGCUGCUUCUAUGUAUGUAGCUAUUUACAUUGACUUGUUUGAAAAAGGUUUUUGUUUUAAUUUGUCCCUCUGAUAUAAAAAUAGUCCAAAAAGUUACGCCAUGCCCGCCAUGCCCGGAAUAAAUAAAGGAUUCCUCCCAGUGUGCCAUAAACAAAUUGGCAUAGCUGGGGGCGCACCAGGUUCCCAAGCCGUGUCAUAGCUGGGGGCGAACCUGGUUUCCAUAGCCGUAUUUGUAUCAGGUCCACAAUGUUAGAGUUCCAAUGUCUAUAUAUAGAAGGAUAUAUCCAAGAGGUUAGGGAAUUACAAUGGUUGCACGAUAGUCUGUAUGUUCUGAAGUUGGAAUAAAUCAUGUCCAAUGCAACUUUGUAUCCAACCUUAAAUUAAAAGAGAUACUGACAUAGUGUAAUAAAGUAACAAUAUUUUAUUCCCUUUAAAAAAACAAACAAACAACCCCUAAGUAAGUUUACAAGAUAAAGUGGUGGAAAUUAUCUCUAAGUGCCACUACAACAACAUUAGUGCACUAGUCGGAAUGUAUAUGGUUACCGCUCCGUAAUGGACUCCUGUGCACUGGAACCGAUGCCCUUGAAGGAACGCCGACUUACAUGUGCCACUGUGAUCACUUCCAAUAUUCAAACUCUAACAUUGUGGACUUGAUCCAAAUAUUGUUUGUUGCUUUUGUCCCUAUUUUUGGUCGAUAAAGGAAUAUCUGCUAAGCACCGAUACUGUUUUUUAUUUAAUUUUUGUCUAUUUCAUAUUUAAAACUUGGGAAGGUUUUUAUAGUAUCUGGCAGCUGUUAACCAUUUGUUAUAUAGUGUCAUAGUACACUUAUUUUUAUCUUGUUUGCACUCACUUAUCCUUUUAAUUUGUACUUCCACUCUUGUACUGCUGCUAUCACUGGCUAUCAGUUUACACAUAGCUCAGUUCACUGUUUAGUGGGGGAGAGAAAGCUCUGUCCAAGUUGCGUGUGUGGUGUGUUCAUGCCAUAUGCACAACUGCUCUUUAGCAUCUGCACCUGAUGGUUCCCGCUGCUUGAUUGACACUCAGUCUUAAAGAUGAAGUGGUUUUUACAAACUGUAGAGGUUCUAAGCCAAACUCAUAGCUGAAUAAUCUCAGGGUGUUCUGUGCAACAUUAGCUUUGCAAAGUUGUGAUGGUACUUAAAAUAACUCCAAAAAAGUGCUCCAUUAACAUUUUAGGAAUACACUGUCCUCAAUUUAACAAACCCUGGUAUAGAUACCGUAAUCUAUUCUGUGAAUAGCAGACACUUUAAUACUUAAUGGUUAUGUUUAUAUAUAUAUAUAUAUAUCACUGACAAUAUUUCUCUUUUAGAUUGAAGAAUGGGUUGGGCUGAAGAUCAAUUCCACAAAUACCUAUUGAAUAAUAUGAAAUCUUUAGAGGUGAUAAAUCUGACUGAGAUUUUACAGUAUCUACCUUGUCUCAGCACUCAAAACCAGGUAACAUAUGUCUCAUUGCUUAUAGUCCUUCAUCUUCCUUUAACUUUGUAAUUGGUACCAAUAUGGACCAUGACAGCCAGAUCAUCUGCUCACUGUAAUCCAUCCAUGGUGGGUGGGAGCCCUAAACCAUAAAAUGGGGCAUGGACCUAUUGUCACCCACACCCAUUGGUGGGGAUCCUUAACAAUAAAGUGGGAGUGGACCUAUUGUCCCUCCCAGCACCUCCACUUUGGAAGCAAGUGGGGGCACUAAAUAAUAAAGUGGGGGUGGAUCAAUUGUCGUCCCCCGGCCCUCACCCACUGUCAGCGGCGGUGGGUGCUAGUAAUAAAAAUCCCACCAUCCCCCCCCCAGUGACUAGGAAUUCCCAAGUCCCUAGUUACACCUCUAAUCAUCACUCCCAUUAAAAAAUGCUCGACCGGUGGGUAGGGACAUUAAGGAGGAUUUCACCUCCCUCAUACUAGUAUAGGGAUAAUGCUGACCUACAGAACAAGAGUGAGGGGAAGCAUAAGGACAUUUAAGAAGCACCAGGGAGCACAGCUCUCCGCCGCUUCUAUUUUUUUAAUUUUAGAUAUACUUUAUUUUUGCUGUGCUUAGAAGAUACAGACAGUCUUGCAGUGCCACAACAACAGAUGCAAGCAUAUCAAAAAACAUAUUAGAACAAUUGCAUGGCAAACAAUCAUCCGGCAUAGUUUUAUAAUAAUAUUAAUAAAUGAGAAUAGUUAAACUGAACUUUGUUUAAGUGACUAGUGAAACCGGUUAUCUCAGACAGGUCUAGUAUUAGCUCUCUAACAAGAUCAGAUAAACCGUAGGUUAUGCACCAGCAGGACAUUACAACUGGAAUAAAAGGUAACUGACAAAGGCCUAACCCUGUGGUGAUAGAUCUAAGCUAGAUUAUAGAUUAUAACCACAACCUAAGUAGGUUAGCAUAUGCAUAGAUAGAGAGCAAGAGUAUUGUAAAACCACAGCAUCUGCGAUGGUGGGCUUCUACACAUAGCCCUUAGUGGGAAGAAUAAAUGACCAGUGUAGACACUGGAGAUCAGUGGUAAAUUAUAGCACUGGAAGGCACACGUCUUUUGAGAACUGCAACAUAAAAUCAAAUCAAAUAGAGUAAAGCACAUUGUCUGUUUUUGGGCUAAACCUGCUGGGUUACUCUGUUGGGUAAGAUUAGUCCCAGAAGCAAUUCAUGCUUUUCACCCCACGCCAACUAUAGUGGCUUGAUGAGUGAGUCCAGGGUGAGAGAUGAGAAGGAGCCAGUGCAGGGUAUUGCCAUGCUGUGAGGCAGCUGCUGCAUUCCGUCUGCUAUGUGCCUGAACUCGAGAGAUGUUGUGCUUAUCACCACAUGUGGUAGGGUGCCCACCUCUCCGCUGUUGAGGGCUAGGGCGCUGUGGUAUUUCCACUCUGACGCCAUCUGCCAGCCUUUGUAGUAUUCGCCAUCAGAAAGCUGCACAGAGCUGAUCCAAGCGUGCUGGCCGUCUGCCACAGUGGUGUGUGGGAUCAGCGCUUUGCAGGAGCUCUCUUAAUGCAGGCAGCCGACAUCUUAGACGAGUUGAGUUGAUUUUUCUCACUUGCGCCCAUCUGUCUUGGCCUGUGUGUGUAGUUCCAGGUUUGUAGUAAUGCCGUGUCCAAAGGGGGGGUGGAGGGGGGGAAUCUGUGAUGCCCGCUGCUUCUUUUUUAAAAUAUUACAAGGAGGGAGCUUUGAGUCUCUUUGUUAUAUAAAAUGAACAAAAUUUCGUCCAACAAGCAAUUCGUUCUUCGCUCAUUAGUUGUAAUUUGUAUUCAUCUAUUAGUUAUUCGGAUGAAUAGACAAAUAGCCGAAAUUCGGACAGAAAUAUGUUCAUCUGAAAACAAAAUUCACAAGUCUUAUAGAUACUAUACUCUAGUUCGGGUUCUAGUGCAUGCAAAACUCUAUGGUAUAGUCAUACAUACCACCUAUUACUAUGAGAUUUAUUAAUGUGGAGCUUUGCGCUACACCAGUGCACAAAUUACUGUGAGUAUUAUGACUGUGGAGCUCUGCAAUACACUCAUAUACAUCAACAAUUACAUUAAAUUACAUUUUGUUUCAGGUAGAAAUUAUACACUUAGAUUUGGGUGUUUUUGUUUGUUUAUUUUUAAAGGAAACUUUAAGGCGGCGAAUAAUUUUGGAGGGUAAUGAAGCCACCAUGUGGGACUUCAUUAAUGACCUAAGAAAAAGAGAUGAUUGGGUAAAUCAGCUCCUGAACGCGAUUCGAAUGAGAGACCUUGGUUCGCUUGCAGACAGACUACAAGGAGUCUAUAACAGUUUUCUCCUCCCAAGCCGUGAGUCAAAAUUAUAAAAAAAAUUUUGUGUAGUUGUCUUUGUUUCAAGUUUUUAAAUGAAUAAAACAAACAAUGAACAGUUAGACAGACAUUAGGUACAAAUAGAGUGUAACUGAAUAUCAGCACAAUACAAUCAGACAAAUGAACAUCAUAAAUCAAACAUUCUGUGGGACACUAUAUUCACUUGAACAUCUUCAGCUUAAUGAAGUUGUUCAGGUGAGAACUAUAGCUCCCUGCAGCCUCUUUCAUGUAAACACUGUAUUUUCAAAGAAAAUACAGUGUUUACAUUAGAAACAUUAGAAACCCAUUAGAACCCAGGAACACCUCCAGUGGCAGUCACUCAGACGGCCACCAGAGGGACAUCCGAGUUCAGGGCUGCCUAAUUCGAAUUCGCAUUCCUCAUGUUUUCAUGUCUUCACAAUUGGAUGAAUACAUCAAACAUGAUGACAGGAGGCAGGAGGCACUGUGAAUGUGCCUCCUGUUUCCUGUAGUAACCCAGAGCCUGUCAGCAAUUAGAGCCAACAGUGUGGGAGAUAACUGGCUGACAUGCAGAAGGCAGGAGGAUGCAGAGAUCUCCUGACUUCAAACAGUAAGUACACUUAUUUUAAAAAUUGAGAGUGAGUGUGAGAGAGUGUGAGUGUGAGAGAGUGUGAGUGUGAGAAAGUGUGAGUGUGAGAAAGUGUGUGAGAGAGUGAGUGAGAGAGACAGUGAGUAUGAGAGAGUGAGUGUGGGAGAGUGAGUGUGAGAGUGUGAGAGAGUGAGUGUGAGAGAGUGAGUGUGAGAGAGUGAGUGUGAGAGAGUGAGUGUGAGAGUGUGAGAGAGUGAGUGUAAAUGUGAGAGAGAGUGAGUGUGAGAGAGAUAGAAAUAGAUAGAUAAAUAUAGAUAGAUAGACAUAGAUAGAUAGACAUGAAUAGAUAUAGAUGGAUAGAUAGAUAGAAAUAGAUAGAUGGAUAGAUAGUGUGUGUGUGUGUAUGUUUAAUAAUAUUUAUUUAAAAUGUGUGUAUUUUUAUACAAAAACUAUAAAUAGAGAUUUCUCUAUAUAUAGUGUUUGUAUAGUUACUUUGGGCUGGAGGGUUACCAUAGGAGGGGGGCGGGCAUAGACAGUGAGCUGAGCUGUCAGUCAGCUCGCGAACCCGCAUACUGCACACAUGCGUGGUAGAUCGCUGAGUUCAUUCAUAGGGCGCAUUCGAUGCCACUCUAUGAAUAACGCGAUUUGUGCAGUGCAAAGUCACGCAUGCGCACCAGCUCUCUAUGAUGCUUCUCUAAGAGAAGCGCCUGAUUGAGCCCUGAUUGAGCCCUGCUAUUCUGACGAAAAAGGGAGCGCGGCCUGCCGAGGAGCUCGGCACCAGAAUGGAUGAAAGUUUAUAUGAGAAAAAGGACUUGGAUUUAUAUAAAAGCAAGAAAGAAGGCUAGGGGACCUGUUUUUCUUGCUUUUAUAUAUUGACUAUAGUGAUCCUUUAAACAAUAUCCACAACAGAAUAAAAAACGGGAUGACGCAGACUAGGCCAGGAGGGUGGGCAGGGGUCAUAGUAAUUGUUUAUAUUGAACAAGGGAAAUUUUGUUUAUUAUCGCAUGUGUUGCAUUUGGAUUCCAAGAAUAACAUUUUUUUAGAAGCAUUGUUAAUGUAUUCAGCUAAUUGAAAUAAUGAGGAUUAUAUGUGUUCAUUUAGUUUAAAUGGAUUAUAAAAUGAUUGUCUUUCUUCAGAACCAGGCAAUCCUCGACCACUUCCUCCACCAGGAGUCCCUCAAGCAUCAAGCUUAUAUUACUCACGUCAGUCUAAUCCACAACAGCCCCAACAAAACCCAACAAAUAUACAACCUUUGCAACCUGUAUCCAUUCUGCCAAACGCGUUAAAUUCAGAAAUGUUUCAGUCACCUGUUCCAGUUCAGUCACAACCAUUUUCUUCAUUUCCAUCGGAGGGGCUUCCUGGAACUCUUCCUUCCAUACAACUAAACCAAGGUGACGUACAAUCUUUUUCUUCAUUACCAACUCUGGCGGCUGCAGAAACCCCUCUUUCAAAGCCGCUAAACAAGGUUCAGCCACAACUUUAUUCUCCUUUGCUAUCUCAGGGUGUUCUUGACACGCUUUCAUCAAACAAUGUUCAGCCACAACCUUUAUCGUCCCCUCACAGGCUUCCUGAAUCCCUAUCUUUGGUGCAGACAAACAAUCCAUUAGUCCAAGAAACAGGUCCAGCCUUAUUACCAUUAGAAAGUAAAUCCAAUCUGCCUCUCUCCAAAAUGGAAACAACCCCUGAACAACCCCUGAGUAUGCAAUCGUUUUCACUUACAAAACGGGACAACAAAGUUUUACAAGCUAGUACAUCCAAUCAACAAAAUGUUCCAGUUAAUGAGUCAUUUCCACUGCAAGAUACAGACCAGAAGUCCAUCAAUAAUACCUUAGUCAAGGUAAGUUCAUUAACAUUAAUCAAAACAAUCUACACAUUUUAAAGGGAAUGUGUGUAGUGCAUGUGUAUGUGUGUAAUGUGUGAGAAUGUAUGUGCAAGUACCUAUUUAUGUGUUCGCAGGAUGAAUUAAUGUACUGUGGAUAGACUUGUGCAAGGAAAAUGUAUGAACAAGUUUGUCCAAAUCAAAUUACUUUUAAUCCAUACAUGGGUGAAUUGAUCCAUCCAGGAUUUACCUGUGGGGUGUUAAUAAAUAAAUAAAGACUUCACAGAUAAAUCCCAGAUGGCUUGAUUCAGACAAACCAGUUCAAACUAAAUUUUGCACAAGUGUAGUAUGUAAUGUGUUCGUGUGCAUUUCUUUGUUUGUGCCUAUGGGAAUACAAUGCAUGUCUGUGUGUAACAUGUGUGGGGGACAAAAGAGGGACGAGGUAUCUCAUAGAACCUCAUUGUAGUUGUAAGCAGAGGUAGAAUUCUGCCCCUAUUACUUGUGUUUCCAUUGUUAUUGUACAUAUGGGUAAUAGUAUUCAUUUUUAUACCAUAUGUAUAGCUUAAUUUCAAUAUCUUAAUUGUGAUAAAGUUCCUUUAGAGAUCAAAAUGUUUCUAAUUUGGGCUUUAGACUUUAAGCACCACUGCAUCUCAUUGCAAUGGUUAUGGUAUGAUUAAUCUUUGGGUGCUGUCCCCUGUUUUUGUCAAACUAAGGCAUGCUUCCCCAAACUCCGUCCCUCCAGAUGUUGCUGAACUACAACUCCCAUGAUUCUCAGCCCACCUAUUUAUUGUAGUUCAGCAACAUCUGGAAGGCCGGAGUUUGGGGAAACCUGAACUAAGGUAAUGUACCUUCCAAUGGACAAACAUAAAAAAUGCAAAAGCCUAAAAUGUUAGAUGUGCCUGGAAAUUAGUUAAAGAAUCAUUCCUCUAAUCUGAAUUGUUUUCAUGGUAAAGUAAAAAUCUUCUUUUGCUAUUAUCUAAAAAGACAUGUUUUGCUUACAAAAUAAGCACAAGUAUAUAUCUUAUAAAAUGUAUGUUGAUAUUUAUUACAUAGAAUUAUAAAUAAUACUAUGAUGAUGAGUAUUAUCAGAAGAAAUAUUUAUGAUUAUUAUUAUUAUUAUUGCCAUUUAUAUAGCGCCAACAGAUUCCGUAGCGCUUAUGAUCAUUCUAUAUUCGUAUUUAUUCAUUAACUCUAGUAAUUCACCUUCUGUUUUGUGUUUCUUGAAGGUGGCAGAGAAUCCCCAUAAAACCCUCCCUAAUUUACAAAACACUCACCUGGACCACAGCAAAGACAGCUCCCAGCAAGCUGACACCCCCAGCCCUCUUCCAGACCUAGGAGCAACCAAAAUGCGGCCUCCCUUGAUUAAUCACCCUAAUCCCAACACCGUUGCAUCAUCAUCAUCACAGAUUACCCCACCUGCUCACAGCAGUCACACUGCUCAAUCAUCACCUGCCCAGGUGACAAAGUCGAAACAUAUAACGGCCAGCACUCAUCCAUCAUUCACCCCAAUCAAAUUCACUGAGAGCAUUCAGGCGAAAGACCAAAUCGCAUCUACCUCACCCACUCGUACUAUCCUUAUUCCUGUCAACAGUCAACAACCAGUCAAUCCAGUUCCACGCACUAAUGCAUCAACCAGCACCUACUCACCAUCCACCCCAAUCACUCGAGCGGACCAUGGCACAGGGAGCAGCGCAAGACAUUAUACUGAAGUUCAGCAGGUAAGAUAUAAUGAUAUGAAGAGCAUAAAACUAUUAUUAUUUUUUUUACAACAUGAAAUCCAUAUGACUUACCUCAACCCGAGUGCUUCUAUCACAACUGGGACUACUAAAUCCUUCACUUUCCACAUCCUUUCUUGCUCUUCUUUCAGUCCUUGGUAUUUGUCCAUAUUCUCAUGUUCCUUCUCCAUGAUGUUAUAGUCACUGGGUAUUGCCACAUCUACCCCCACGGCAAUCUUCCAUUCCUUGUCUAUCACCAAGAUGUCAGAUUGGUUGGGCACUACUUGCUAUUUUUUUUGUUUCAAGAGCACUACUUGCAAGUCUGUCCGGAUCUGAAAGUCCCACAAGAUGUUAUCAUUCUAAACUAACCUUUGUGGUAUCUCCCAUCUGGAUUUAGGAAGGUCCAGCCCAUAUUCUGUGCAGAUUUUUUGGUAUUCAAUCCCAGCAACUUGGUUGUGCUUCUCAGUUUAUGCUGUCCCUGCUAACAUCAUGUACCCUUGCACCAGGGGUGUAUUUAGCCCAAGGCAAAGAGGCUAAGCAAGUUAUAAGAGCUUCCAAAUCACACACAGAAGAGAAAAUAGCACAGUCAGUAAAAAAAGGGGACAAAACAUUUUUUAGGUACAUAAAUGAGAAAAUGAAAGUAAAACAAGGAUUAGUUAGAUUAAAAACAAAAGAAGGAAGGUAUGUAGACGAGGAUAAAGGUCUUGCUGACUGCCUCAAUUAAUAUUUUUGUUCAGUAUUUACAGAUGAAAAUUAAGAAAAGGGGCCUCAGUUAGGAAAAAGGACAAAUGAGUCAAAUGAGUCAGAGUUUACAGAGGAAGAGGUUCUAUCUCAACUGUCAAAAGUAAAGACAAAUAAGUCAAUGGGAUCUGAUGGAAUAAACCCAAAGUUAUUAAAAGAGCUUAGUGGUGUACUAGCAAAACCAUUAACAGAUUUAUUUAACCAAUCAUUGUUAACAGGAGUAGUCCCAGAAGAUUGGAAGUUAGCGAAUGUUGUGCCCAUUCACAAGAAAGGUUGUAGGGAGGAGUCGGGCAACUAUAGCCCAGUAAGCCUUACUUCAGUAGUGGGGAAAGUAAGGGAAACCAUGUUAAAGGAUCGGAUGUUGAACAUCUAAAAACACAUGGAUUUCAAGAUCAGAGACAACAUGGUUUUACUUCAGGGAGAUCGUGCCAAACUAAUCUUAUUGAUUUUUUUGAUUGGGUAACUAAAAUAAUAGAUAUGGGUGGUGCAGUAGACAUUGCUUACCUAGAUUUCAGUAAGGCUUUUGACACACAUAGAAGGCUUAUCAAUCAACUGCAAUCUUUAAGUUUGGAUUCAAUAUUGUUGAAUGGGUAAGGCAGUGGCUGAGUGACAGGCAACAGAGGGUUGUAGUCAAUGGAGUAUAUUCGAAUAAUGGGCUUGUCACCAGUGGGGUACUUCAGGGAUCUGUACUUGGACCCAUUCUCUUUAAUGCUUUUAUUAGUGAUAUUGCAGAAGGUCUUGAUGGUAAGGUAUGUCUUUUUGCUUAUGAUACUAAGAUAUGUAACAGGGUUGAUGGUCCAGGAGGGAUAAGCCAAAUAGCUAAUGAUUUAGGUAAACUAGAAAAAUGGUCAGAGUUGUGGCAACUGACAUUUAAUGUGUAUACGUGCAAGAUAAUGCUUCUUAAAUGUAAAAACCCAAGGGCAGAGUACAGAAUAUUUGAUAGAGUCCUAACCUCAACAUCUGAGGAAAGGGAUUUAGGGGUGAUUAUUUCUGAUGACUUAAAGGUAGGCAGACAAUGUAAUAGAGCAGCAGGAAUUAUAGCAGAAUGCUUGGUUGUAUAGGGAGAUGUAUUAGUAGUAGAAAGAGGGAAGUUCUCAUGUCAUUGUACAGAACACUGGUGAGACCUCACUUGGAGUAUUGUACGCAGUACUGGAGACCGUAUCUCCAGAAGGAUAUUGAUACCUUAGAGAGAGUUCAGAGAAGGGCUACUAAACUGGUUCAUGGAUUGCAGGAUAAAACUUACAAGGAAAGGUUAAAGCAACUUAACAUGUAUAGCUUGGAAGAAAGACGAGACGGAGGAUAUGAUAGAAACAUUUAAAUACAUAAAGGGAAUAAACACAGUAAAAGAGGAGACUAUAUUUAAAAGCAAAAAAACUACCACAGCAAGAGGACAUAGUCUUAAAUUAGAGGAGCAAAGGUUUAAAUAUAAUAUCAGGAAGUAUUACUUUACUGAGAGGCUAGUGGAUGCAUGGAAUAGCCUUCCAGCUGAAGUGGUAGAGGUUAACACAGUAAAGGAGUUUAAGCAUGUGUGGGAUAGGCAUAAGGCUAUCCUAACUAUAAGAUAAGGCCAGGGACUAAUGAAAGUAAUUGGGCAGACUAGAUGGGCCUAAUUGGUUUUUAUCUGCCGUCACAUUCUAUGUUUCUAUGUUUCUAUGUUUUAUAUACAUAUUUAAACAAUUUAUAUGACACAGUGUUUAUAAAAUUAGAAAUGCACCAUUCAGGAAGAUUAAGAUUAACUACAUCAAGUCUGUAUGAACAACCAGUAAAAAUGUACACUUAAUUGAUAGAUAAUUUGAUCAGUGUUAGUUAGAGCUGAAGAGAGAGCCAUCCACAGGCUAAAUAAUUUAGCAAUCCGAUGUAACAACAAAUUCAUGGAGAGGCUCCUGCUGCUUUGCUUCAGUUACCUAAGGAACAUUGAAAUAUCACAUUUACAAUUAUAAAACAUCUAUCUCUUAUUUUAUAUGUCACUAACUGAGCUAGCCUACUGCCUACCUUCCAAUGAUCUUUGGUAUUAUCAAACGAUGAGCGAUAGGCACAGGAGGAAGGGGUUCUCUUUCUUCAUAGUGUAAAUUUGCACUGAAUUAUAAUUAACCUGUGCAGUACCUAGAGCUUUCAAUGAGUUCCGAUAUGGCAGCCACUAAUAUUUACAUUCAUGAAAACAUUAAAGAAGCUAUUCAGUAAGCUUUUAGAAGGUUGAUUACGUGAUUGUGGCUCCCAAAAUGUCCUGACAUAAUGCCCUACUGUAAAAUGAGACAAGACUCAUUCACCUUCCUACUCCCAGGCUGAUAGCAAAAUGGUGAUACACAUGGUAUGGAUUGCUAUUCAAUAAAUAUUGGUUUUGUCCCACAGGUAUCGGAAUAAAUAAAGAGAUUGUUAAUGCAUUUUAUUGUUAAAUUCAUGAUUAACAUUUUAAAAAUGUUUUUGUUUAUUUAUUUUUUAGGUUAAUCCUCUCGGAAGGCAAGCAGCUGCUAAUUCAUCUAUAUGUCCAAUGCAGGAAGAAAUCAAAGAUGAAGAUGAGAAUAUUUUGAGCAAGCCUGGUGUACUAUUAUCAAGUGCAGAGGCUAACAUACGUAUCGGUGGGGAUAUAAAUGGUUGUAGGGCAUUAUCAAGAAAUUAUGAAUUGAUGAUCAGUGAAAGUUUAAGUGACAAUAACUGUGAUAAUCAAACUCGUCCACCUCUGCUUCCCGAUCAGAGACCUAGUACAAGGUUAGACAGUGUCAGAGACACAAAUGUUUCAACCCGAGGAGGCACAAGUAGCAGAGACCAAACUUCACCAAAACAACAAGCCAUCAGCAACGCUCCAAAGCGUUUAACUGAAUCUUCUCAAGGCACCACAACAACAGAAUAUCAUGACAGUCCAGAUGAAAAUGAAUACUUGUUUAAUAAUUCACCAAGGCAUAACGUACUGUCCUCGUCAGGACAAGGCCCAGCACAGGAACCUGAAGAAAGCACUUUUGAUGAAGAUACAAGAAGUUUCACUGUGAACUUUACAGGAGAAGCCAACAUUGAUCUGGGAGAAGGAAAUGAUCGACUGAAGUCUCAACAAUCGUCAAACAAUCUUCAACUAUCCUCAAACAAGCAGCACAUUGGGAAGGAUGAGAAAGAGAGCAAACACUAUGAAACCCAAACAGAUAACAAUUAUACAAAACAUCUUUUAAUUUUAAGUCUUUUUGUUGCUGCUAUCGGCAUAUGGGUAUGGAAAAAGAAAAACUAAAUGUCAUAAAGGUAAAUAUGUAUGUAUGUAUAUAUAAAAAUUGUAGACAGUCCUUGCACUCACGCUUUAAUAAGAUGCUUGCUGGGUGCUUGAAAUCCAGGAAAAAUUCAAAUAUGUAUAGGCAGUGAUCAGCACUCUCGGACUUGUAAAAGUUAAAACUUACAGUUUAUUAAUAAUCCAUUAAAAAUCAGAUC